CUUGGAUUCAUAUCCUUCUAACGAGUGCCAAACACCUCGUAAAGAUGCAGUACAAACUAUGGGCCUGAAAUGUGACAAAGGAACACAACCUAGCGUAAAAUAGGCCAAAGAAGCGAUAAUGCAAGCUUAAACGAUCAAGAAACAAAGGGAAAACAUGUGCAAAUAUCGAGUCAUCAAUCCCCCAGUGAUGAAGGAGUUCUCUUUGACAAUUCCUUCAGAUCCUGAACAACGUCACCAGUAUGACAGUGGCGUUUGGGUGUGCAUAUGGAUGAUGGGUGCAACUUGGGAUGAAGAUUAUUUUAUAUGGCCAUGUGGAGAUAAUAGGAGAAUGCAACUAGCUUUGUAUUUGGUCAAACAACCUGCAAAUUACAUAAGACAUAUGGUCAUCAAGGAAGCAGAUAGGAAUGCGCCGAGGUUUGAACUCGAGACUCGUACGUACAAGGAAGAAAAUCAAAAGAGGCUGAACAAGAACUAGAGC